ACUAAUUAAUUAUGAUUGAUAAAGGGUAAAAUUGAAAUAAUCUAAUUAUUGAUUCAUUGAAAAUCUAAAAUGACAAUAAAUUUGGGACAAAAAAAACUUUCUCAAAAGACAUAAUAUAAGACUAAUAUGCAUAAUUGGGCAUGGGCUACCACCGAGGCCCAAUCACAUUCAGUAAGGUUUGGGCCCGACAAUCUCAACUAAGGUAUAAAUAAAGGUUUGAAGUCAUUUCUUAAGGCACAUCCUAUUAUCUGAGCAAUACUACCAACUGUAUUCUCAGGACUAUUUCUACAAUCCGCACGUCUGACUUGAGCGUCGGAGUAGUUUCCGCCGGAUCAACCCCGACAUAGUUCACGUGUUCUAUGAUCGCAGGUAUCUCAAGGUCAUCAAGCUCGUAAGUCAGUGAUCCACUAUACUCCAGCUCAUCCUACUUCAACACUUUAAGUUAAAAUAAAUGUCACGUCUGUAUUGGUAAAUUCGGCAUAUUUUUGGGAAAUAUUGCUUGGAAACAAAUAGAUUCCAUGACAAUCACAAACAAAAGUUGAGGGGAUUUCAGUAAUUACGAAUAGGUGGGGGAAUUUUUAUGAUUUAGCCUAAGUUCGGGGGAGUUUUCGUAAUUCACCCUAAAAUACAUCAAAAAUUUUAAAGUAUUUAAUUAAUUAAAAAAAGAAUGAAAAUACGAUGUUUUAUCGUAGAACUGUCUUCUUUCUCCAAGUCCAACGGCCAAAGUCUAUAAAAGAAAAUAGAAACCCACGAUUUACAGAAGUGGCGGCUUCGUACAAUGGAGAAUACCAAAAAACCCGUCGCAAUCGCCUCUAGAAUCUCAAUAAUGUUUGUAUUAGGGCUACUGCUGUUGAUGUACGGUCCUAAUUUUGCGGCGGCGGCGGCCACCGGAGGGCGGAUGGGCGGAACUUCCUUCUCUUCAAGGAAAUCGUCGGCGUCUCGUUCGUAUUCCUCUUUUCGCCGCCGGAGUUAUGUUUACCCUUCGAAUUCCUGUUACUCCGAUCGCCGGAAUUAUGUUUCCCCUUCGGAUUCCUAUUAUUCCGGUCGCCGGAAUUAUGUUUCCCCUGUAGAAGCAGAAAUCUGCAAUUCUACCUCCGAUGGCACCGGCAAUAACUUUGAAUGUAAUCCGGCAGUUGUUUUAGGGUUUGUGAUUGUGCUUUUUGGGAUUAUUUGGGUUCGCGGGAUCUACGCUGAUUUAACAACUGUGCUUAAGCUGCAGGUUGGGCUAACGGCACCCGAGAGAUCACUUCAAAAGUAUCUUAAUCAGAUUGCCGAAACUGCAGAUACAUCCACCCCAGAGGGUUUGCACUAUGUAUUGACAGAGACGGCACUGGCUUUGCUUCGGUAUCAUGAUUAUUGCAUCUCCGCCCGUUUAUCAAUUGACGUGACGAAGAACAUGGAAGAAGGAGAAAAAAGACUCAAUCAACUCUCGAUCGAAGAACGUGGUAAGUUUGACGAGGAGACGCUUGUCAACUUCAACAACAUGAAGAAGCAAAGCUCAACAAUCCGUAGACCAAUUGACUUCAGAAACGAGCAUAUAGUCGUAACUAUCUUGUUAGCUGCUGAAGAAAAACUAAAGUUGCCUUGUAUAAAUAACAGUAAAGAUUUGAAAGAAGCUUUACAAAAGCUGGCAUCCAUACCAUCAACUACAACUAAGGCAGUCGAGGUACUGUGGACCCCACAAGAUGAAUACGAUACUUUAUCAGAAGAGGAAAUGCUUCGUGAUUACCCUUUAUUACGGACUUUUUAACAAUGUAACAUUUGAUACAUAUUACUUGUGGAACCACUUUCACUAUUAGUUCAUGUAAAAAAGUUAGGGUAAAUAGCACUUAACCCCCCGUGAUUACAAGCUUUUGCAGAUGAUCCCCUUGUGCUCGUAAUAUCAUGCACAUAAACCCCUUCUGGUCUAUGGGGUAGCUUCCAUUAGUUUGGGCGUCAAACUUAACCACUUAACGGGAGGGUUCAAACUUCAAAGGGGUCAUCUGCAAAAGUUUGUACCACAGAAGGGUUAAGUGUUAUUAUCCAAAAAGUUAUAUGUUUCUAGUUUAUGUAAAAAAGAAAACCUGAUUAAUGUUGCACGAAUACAAAGACAAUUGAUUCAGUAACUAUUGUUGAAAUAUUACAGUUUACGAUUCGAA